AUGCCGGGCUUCCAGCCGGCCAGCGGGGUCCAGACGCGCACGGAGAGCCCUCAGGACGCGCUGACUGAGACGCUGCUGCAGAACCUGGGGGCCAACGGGCGGCGGCUGAGCUAUAUCAUUGGGUCGGACGACAGGGUGGAGGAGAAGGACUACCCUGGCUGGCCGUACACGGCGGUUGGGCAGGUUCUCUUCAAAAAGGGCUCCUGCUCGGGCGUCAUGAUCGGGCCGCGGUCGGUGCUGACCGCGGGGCACUGCGUGUACUCGCGGAAGCGCAAGGCGUGGCAGGACCGCAUCACGUUCACGCCGUACCGCCACCGGGUGGCGGACAAGGACACGUGGCCGGUGGGGCGCAUCCCCUACACGCACGCGACGACGUACCAGUGA